GUUGUUGUUAUAGAGUUAUGUGCAAUAGAAUGCAUCUGCUCCAUCAUUUGUAAAUUUCUUCAUUCAUGUAACCUUAAGAUUUAAUUUUGCUCCAAACAUAUCUUGUUCCGUAAUCUAGUUCUAUUUAUACAUACAAGUUCUUAUAAGUAAUAGCUGUGUAAGCUUUCUUCUAUGUAAACUUGGAGUUUAACAAUAACAAAAACAAAAAAAAAAGUAUGAAAACAUCUUCUACGCGGUAUAUUUACCUGACAAAUUUCAAAGACGUUCGAUGGCUUUGCUUUCGUUCGACAAUAUCUCGUGGGACUCGAAUACACGUAGACGUAAUGUGCGCAGCAAAGUCAAAUAAAGUUACAAAGUACCUGCUAUAAACUCAAUCUCGUCAACCAUAAAUACAGAGAGAAAUUAGAAAUAGUAAAAUUGCGAAUACUGCUACAAGAUGCCCUCGAGAAGACGUGCAAUGGGCAGAAAAGAGUUUAAUUUGUGUAGCACACCAAUGAAAACAGGUAAACCAAGACUUAGCAGCAUAAGCAUAUCCGGGAUCGACACGAAUUCCUCGUCGGAUGGCGUUAGGAAAAGGAAAGUGUUGGAAAGUGAAAUUAGUCCUCAGAAAAGGCGGAUCAAACAACGGAAAAGAGCAAAAGUGGACCUGGAAACCGAAAAGGAAAACAAAAGGUCGAAAAGUAAAAAGGCUAUUUCCCCAAUAAACUAUGAUAGCGACUGGGUCACGGAAUCGGAACAGGCGAGUUAUGUCCAGCAAGACUCUCCCAGCUCGGAUAACGUCUUAUUCAAAGACCUGUCAGAGCCAGAAUGCGUCCGAGAAGCGUAUCACGUUGUGGAUGAUCAAUUGAACACGUCGCUUCUCGAACCUCGUCAUAGGGAAGAUGAAGAGUUGGAAAAGAUCGGUGUCGAGGUCGACCUUCCAACGGCAUCACACCAUCCUUUGCGUAUUGGCGACACAGACGACGAGGACGAAGACUUCGUAUUGAGGAGAGAAGACGGAAGAAGGAAAUAUCCAGGUAGACAACCGAAAAAACCAGUGAGCCCGAAAUCUAAACGUACGGAGUGGUUGAUAGGUUCAAAAUGGCCCACAACGUUGAGCAAUAUCUUCUGGGAUAAUUACAUGAGAAAUCAUCCCAAAGAUAAGGAAAUGUAUUGUAAAAUUUCCCUACCUAACAGCGAGGAAAAGAAACAAAAUCACGCGAAUUCCGCAGCAGAACCGCUUGAGAAGUUAUGGCAAGACUUAAAAAUACCUUCCCAUACGAAGGUUAUUCGUGGAUCCAUAAACAGACAGUCAAAGAAAUGGGUUCGAAAGGAAUAUGAAUAUGGGGUAUAUGAAUUUCCCGAUUCAGAGGACGACUAAUAUGAAUUAAUAAGCCUUAGAAAGCAUCGUCCUAAACGGAAGACUGAAAAAGAGAAGAUAUUAUGUUCUAAAAGAGCUAAGACAGAGCAUAAUUGUCGAAUUACGUCUAUAGACACGUUAACAGACAUUAGAUACAUAAGAAAUGCAUCAAAUUGGAAAAUUGUUCGUAAUUCUCCUGAUUAAGUCUUCUCGUUGGGACACCAAAUAAUAAAUAGAUCAAACUCGUUCUUCGUAGAAGUUUGUAUUCUAAUUUGUAUUGUUGUAUUUAUACUUAUUUAUACAAUAUUUAUUCAUACGAUGAUGUGCGGCAUAUUUACGUAGAUCGUGUUUAUACGAUGGCGAAAGAACUCGACAUUGUCGAAAACCAACUGUUUUGUGAAGAAUGAUAUUUUUCAUGGCGUUAUGGCAAAAUUAUUGUGAAUUAUUGUCAGUAUUUAAGCUUGCAUGUGAAGAGAUGCAAACAUAAUUAUUUCACAAGAUUUUCUAAAUAUAUUAAACGUUACUUGAGUAACCUAC